AUUGUAAUUUAUGGUAUGAAUUAUAUUCAUUGUGUUGAAUGUCAAUGAUAUUAGUUAAUUCUGGAAAAUACAUAAUUGCAAGUCCGACGAUUUCGUUCGUUUCUCAAUGAAAGUUCUGUGCAUAUAAGAUUCCUAUAAUUAUAUUUUAAAUAUCUCGCCCGUAAUGCCUUGACAAAAGGAAUUUGGCUUCUGAACUCGCUGCAUUUAUUUGAUAAACAAGCUAUCUUUCGUUUGACAGGCUUGUCUAAACAAAAGUAUCGGGAAACAUUUAACAAUGUCAGCCACCGAAACUACGGUCAUUUUCGCAAAACUGGAAGCAUUGAAAGACAUCAAGUCGAAAACACUCCAAUUGGAAAAGAUGAAGCAAAGAAUCUUGCAAGAAGUAGAACAAACUGAACAAGAAGAAAAGUGUUUGCUGGAGUAUAAACAAGAAAUGGAUCUUCUUAUGCAAGAAAAAAUGGCACAUGUCGAAGAAUUACGUCAAAUACAUGCGGAUAUAAAUGCGAUGGAAGCUGUUAUUAAACAAGCAGAAGAAGCUAGAAAUAAAGCAAGAGAGACAGCAAAAUUAAUCCAUAAUAACGAUUAUCAACCUCUAAAACAUGAUAUUGAUCGUAUGCGUAGGGAAUUUUUAGGAUUGGAAAGGUUACCAGAAUUAUAUGAAACAGAAUCUGAUCUCAUUUCACCAGAAUUGUUUGUUCAUAGCUACUUUGACCGUCCAAUGCAAAAAGCAGAAUGGAGGGUCGAAGUAAGGGGAGAAGAUUUAUUACCCCCUCUUACUCUGCACCAUCCUGGUCACCCAGGUGGUUCCACACCUUUCCUUGCUCCUCAACCUCUUCAAGGUCCAAGUAAGCCAGAACCAAGACCAUUGCCACCAGCCCCAGGCCCACCUGCUCCAACAUUCAGGUACCACUGGCAACAACCACCCCCUAUGAAAUCAUGUUUAUCAUGUCACCAACAAAUUCAUAGAAAUGCACCAAUCUGUCCCCUUUGUAAAGCUAAGUCGCGAUCACGUAAUCCCAAGAAGCCAAAGAAAAAAGACUAAUUAUA